AUGGCCACAAAUAUAGGUUUGGACCCUUGUGAGUGGCCCGAACGCCCAUCAACACCUUGGGAUGGCGAAGUAAUGUUUAAUGCAUACAUAUAUGAAUAUCUUGCCAAGCGCGGAUAUGUCGCCACAGCGCAUGCCCUCCUCAAGGAGGCUCGCCUUCCAAAAGGAUACAAACCUCCCAUCUUAACGCCACAGGGUCUUCUUUACGAGUCAGCACAGUGGUGGUGCACGUUCUGGGUUUUCUUUGAGGGAAACCGCGAAGGAUCUGACUAUGAUGACCUGAACACAUAUCUCGAUUACUACAAGCAAAAGACAAAGAAGGCCAAGGAAGCCCAGCAGCGGGCAUUCAGAAAGUUGGCGAAACCCUAUGCAACGCGACUACGGAAACCGCUACCUAAGCGCAAACCACCCCCAGCAGCGUCAGAGAUACCAGCCACGUCUCCUUACGAACCAGAAUCACGCUCGUCAGCGGCACAGCACGCGUGCUCAUCUGAAGUACCGAUCUCGGUCUGUCCUCAGAUGGAGCAGCCACUCGUUGUCCAGCCUGUACACCAUUACCAAUACAGCGGCCAGCAUUGGGUAGACCCGGCCUCGUAUGCCGAAGCGGCUGCUCCUGUACAACAUGAGCAUACAACAUGGGAGGCCGGAGUCCUCAGUGGCCACCAGCCCAUGUACCAGACCGAGGACCAAGCCUUCGCAUUCCUCGGAGCACCCCAUGAGAUCUCAUCAGGACAGACGGAGCAAUUAAACUAUACCCCUCAGAAUUCACCGUCAUCCAUCGAAUCGAGCAUCUCGCCGACGACGCCGACGUUCCUGCAGCACUUUUCCAACGGGUAUACAGAGCAGAUGCCCUGGAACAUGAAGGCCGCGUACAGCCCACCCGUUGCUGACGCGGGCAACAUAUACCAGCCGCAGGCCGACUACGAUUGGCAAUUGGGUGGUUUCCUACCGUCGACAGAUAACACACCAGCGUUCCCGUGA